AUGGACUGGGAGGCGUCGGCACUGUCGUGCGCGCGGGAGCGGAUCGGAUGUGCUUUCUGUGCAAGGUGCUUUUGGCGCGAAUCCAUGCAACAGUGUUUUUUGAAGGGACCAAAAUGUUUUAUGGCAGCGGCAGAAACUGUCUGGGAGAUGUUGUCCUUGAAACGUUACCACGAGAGAUGGCCGCUCAUUCCGACGAAGGAGUUAGAAGCUUCGAGUGUCGACGUGGGCACGGCUCGAUGUCCUGUUCUUGUCUUGCUGCACAAACGCCGGGUAACGAGUGAUAUGGCGCGGGGGAAUGCUCCUGCGUCUGUAUGCGAAGAUUGCAUGGAGGCUUUCUCAGGGCGGAAGCCUUGGCUUUGCAAAUACGCCCUGGCGAACGAUCUGUGGUUGGGCCGUCCCGAUCCAUUACUCUGGAAAGCUAACAUGACGCACGAAAUGUGUCUGACGUUAGCGAGGACUGUUGCCACGAAAGUAGUGUUGCGCGCUGGGGGCGCUUCUCAAACCGAGAGCAGCAACAGGCCGAGCAACUCGUGGGACUACGUCUUUCAGCAGUCUGGUUUGGUGGGAUCUGCGGUUGUUUUCCACAACGGGGAUGCCGAGUAUGCGUUGGAGAGCUUGCCACCUACCAAGCUCAACGACGCUUUGGCAGAGCAAAGCAGGGCGACGGUGAGCCGAAUUGCACGGCUGCAGCUUCACAAGCAGGAGUUUGUCCAGCAAGCUGAAGCUUUGCGAGAGACGAACCCGGUCUAUCGAAGUGGCGUGGCCGAAAUCAAUCGAGAGCUUUUGGCUGAAUGGUUUUCCAGCGAGGAAUCCGUCGUGCCACCUCCGGUGCUGGACUGUGUGGUGGCUGUUCCUGUUGGCGAGGACGGGCCCGGCGUGGUUCGGCAAACCGGGCCAGCGGAGGCAACUGAAGCUGCCCAGCGCACUCGAGAUUCUUCCGAGUCCGAGACCUGCGUGCUCGCCAUGGAGCCGCAGGUGGAGGACUUCAAUUCCCGCGGCCAAGAAAUCUCUACGCUGGUCGUGAGCAUGUUGCAGAAGUUGGAAGAGCUGCAAGAUGCUGGCGCUCGGUCUGUUGCUCUGGAGAUGGAAACUAUGGUGGAGGAGCAGCGCACUCUGGUGGACCACCUGGGCCGCCAACACAUUCUGGAACUCUGCCGCCAGAUUCACGAGUCUUGCAGGCAACUUUCCGCUGCGGAGAAGCAAAGUCGUCUGGAGCGCGAGUUGCGAGAUGCCGUCAUGGGCAAGUCUCGAUGGUUGAAUGCUUCGGAAGCAGCUCUCGCGCCGCGUGUUGCGGAACAGGAGGAUGAUGGACCUGCGCCGGAAGCGGAUCAUGUGGAUGGAGAUGCAGCGGAGGAGGAUGGUCAGGCCGCGCAUUUGUUGGUGGCACGUGGCAAGCAGCCAUUGAGUUUGUGGGAUUGGAAGAUUUGGACGAUGGCCAAGCCGAGGUUGUGGCGAUAUGGUGAUGCUGGAAAUCUCUUCGAGAGGGACACAAACCUGUCUACUUCCGAGUGGGCCGCCUGUCUGCUUUUACGCGAAGAGCUCGCCUAUGCUGUCGACGGGGAGCCUGAUGAAGGGGAUGCGGCGUUGCGACCCGUAUUGGGAAGUCAGCCCGCGUCGGAUCCUUCGGAAGCAGUGCGACCCGUAUUGGGGAGCCAGCCCACGCAAAAUCGUUUCUCCGGCGAUUGGACAGCAUUACACAUGAUGGCGACUGUGUCUCGUUUGACUGAUCAACGCGCUGCUGCAUACAAUUUCCUGAAAAACAACGGCAUGGCAUUUGCGAAGAAACUACGGGAACUCAGCGCAGAGGAUCUCGCCAGUGCCGCCCGCGCCGCGCCGCAGGCCGGGGGUACGGAUCAGUUCUUCAAAGAAGCUGCAGUGCCGCAGACAGUGAAGGAUGCGUUGCACGCCAUGAAUGCGGCUUCUGCCACAGUGUUGGGCACCGAUGGUCAUCGUCGACUGUGUCGGCACGAGGGCGUCGCUUACAUGGAAGCGUUCGGACCUCCGUUGAUUUUCCUGACUCCAAACGUAGCGGAUACUCAGCAUCCGUUGCUUCUGGUGGUUCAAGGGGAAGUCGUCGAUCUGGGUGCUGUGAACGGAGAUAUGGAAACAGUCUUGCCAAAGUAUCGGGACAUGCUGCGACGCUUGGCACAGGAUCCUGUCGCUCAGACCGUUCAGUUCGAGCUUUUGAUGCGUCUGUUUUUCCAGCAUGUCCUGAAUGUUCGACCAGACACACUGGACUGCCGACGCAACGCGCCUCGCCGCGGAGCGAGGGAGUGGUGCAGCGAUGGUGCAGCGGCGGCUUCUACUGGUGCUGGCAUGUUGGGUCCCAUUCUGGCUUUCCGCGGCGAAAUCGAAGCUCAGGGUCGGGGAUCUUUGCAUCCUCACAUUUUGGUUUGGCUCGUUUGUCGUCAUAUGCAAGUUGUGAGCGAUCUGGCGUGA